GUCACGAAGCAGCCACGAGAAACGCAACCAGAUUUGUCGCCAGCGCUUUUAGUUUAAUUCAACAAGCCGCAAAUUAAAUAAGUGCAUUUCAUCAUGUUUAGGAAAACAUUGGCUUUGUGUGUCCUGUUCGCUGUGCUCAGCGUUUGUCUGUCGGACGAUGAGACUCGUGCUCGCCUGCUCGUGUCCAAGCAGAUCCUCAACAAGUAUCUGGUAGAGAAGAGCGAUCUCCUCGUCCGCUACACAAUCUUCAAUGUGGGCAACGGAGCUGCCACAAGUGUGCAGCUGGUGGACAACGGUUUCCAUCCCGAGGUCUUCGAGGUCGUCGGUGGCCAGCCCACAGCGACUGUGGAACGCAUCGCUCCACAGACGAAUUUCACCCAUGUGCUGGUGGUGCGUCCCAAGUCAUCGGGUUACUUCAACUUCACUGCCGCCGAGGUCUCCUACAAGCCUGUCGAGGAAGCUGAGACGCUGCAAUUGGCCAUCAGCUCGGAGCCGGGAGAGGGUGGCAUUGUCAAUCUGAAUGAGUACAACAAGCGUUUCUCCUCACACUUCUUCGAUUGGGUGGCAUUCGCCAUUAUGACGCUGCCUUCUCUGGCCAUUCCCCUCAUCCUGUGGCACUCGUCGAAGAGCAAAUACGAGCGUCAUGGCAAGAACAAGAAGCAUUAAGCCAACAUUCGGAGUGUGUGUGCCUUGGAACAGCCACUUUUUGAUGAGAUUCCUUUACAACAGCCAACAACCACAAUUCCGUACAAUUUCAAUCGUUCCACAAGUUCAUCCACAAACACACAACAAACACACUCACAUUUAUGUAGUUUAGAGAGUACAGAUCCCGUUGGAAUUGUAUAUAUAUAUGUUGAGGAAGUCAAAAAGCGUUAAAUCGUUUUAGAUUUGAUUCGAAGACGCAUUGAAAAAAUGACAGUUGCAGUUAUCAAAGUUAAGCUAUUUUUGUGUCAUUAGACUGGUUUUCUAAAUAAAUUAAAAUCAAAUUUAUAACAUACGAAUAAUUAAAAUUUGAGAUAACAAAUAAAGGGAGCCAAAAUCACUGAGCUGUACCAGCCCCCGA